AUGAAAACUCAAAAGAAAUCUUGUAAAUGGACUGACAGUUUCUUGGAAUGGAUUCCGUUUGAAAACUUUCAAAAUUUAAAAAAAAUCGGCGACGGUCAUUUCUCCACCGUUUAUUGUGCUACUUGGAUGGAUGGCAAGAGAAUCAAAUCUACUAAUAAAUCAGUUUGUGCACGUUCUGCUCCAAUUACGGUCGCUCUAAAAAGUAUCAAAAAUUCUGCAAAUAUUUCUGAAAAAUAUGUUCAAGAGUUGGAGAAUUAUUACAAGUGUACAUUGGUGAAAUCUAAAAAACGUAAAAGUUAUUUUUUGGAAAUCUACGGAAUGACGUUUAACGUUAAAACAGAUGAAUACAUGUUCGUAACGCAAUACUCAGAAUUUGGUAAUUUGAGAGACUUUAUCAAAGAAAAUAAAUUCAGUAAUAUAAGUUGGUCACAAAAACUUUGGUGGCUGUGUGAUAUUACUUCAACUCUUACUAAUAUCCAUAAAGAGGGUCUAGUUCAUGGUAACCUCCAUCCUGGUAAUAUUUUACAAAUAGGUGAGGAUGUCAGAGAUACUCAUUCCACAAUAGCUGAUGUUGGACUAUCAUUACCUGCCUAUAAAAUUUGUGAAAAUCAUAAAAGACCAAAUCUCUUGGAAAGUACUCCAUCAAAAUUCAAGGAUUUGGCUUUACAUUGCACAGAUCCAAAUCCAUAUGCAAGACCACCCGCUAGAUUAUUAUCAUAUAUAUUUAGUAAUUGGUGGCAAGUAGUCGAACAAUCUCAAGAUUAUGAAAUACGUCAUCAAUUCAACAGCUCAGAUAAAUUUAUCAAAAAUAUGGAAGAUGUCAAAUUGGAUCAUGAUUUUAAUGCCAUUUAUACCAGCAGAUAUUUUAAUUUCAAUAAUGAUGAUGAUUAUUCUUCCAUUGAUAAAAAUAAUGAAAUGUUUCAUGCAGACAUCAAUAAUAAUUUAGAGUCAAAAUAUUUACUCGAUCUUAGUGUUUCACCUUGA